UGUUUUUAACGUGGCCUGUCCUCGCUGCUUGGGCGGUUAACAAGGCGACAACUCGUGUCGACGCAGCUACUCGUCAAUGGCGACGGGGACAAGACAACCCCCCACGAGCACCUCCCUCCUCUUUGCUCUUCCGUUUCCUUACGCUUUCCGUUUUCGUCCUCGCUCCUCGCUUUUAAUUUAACUUCAAGAUCCCUCCUCCGUGAAGACGACUAUGACACAUCUGGAAGGAGGAGGGCAGCCCAAGUGCUGCCUCAGAGGUCACUGGAGACCCGCAGAGGACGCCAAGCUCAGGGCGUUUGUCUCCCGAUUCGGCCCCCAAAAUUGGAACUUGAUUGCGGAUGAGCUCCAAGGGCGGUCAGCGAAAAGUUGCAGGCUGCGGUGGUGCAACCAACUGGAUCCGAGGAUCAACAAGAGAGGCUUCAGCGUGGAAGAAGAAGAAAAGAUUCUAUCCUUGCAGAGGCAGCUCGGCAACAAGUGGGCACUGAUCGCGAGACUUUUCCCUGGAAGAACAGAUAACGCAGUGAAGAACCGGUGGCACGUGAUAACGGCGAGGAGAGAAAGGGAGCAGAGCAGUGGCGAUUCCUCUGGUUCGGCUGAAGAGAUUGCGGUGGCGACAAACUCGAACAGCUUCGUGCAAGCUGAGAAUGAUGGCGCCGGUGGGAAGAAGAAGGCCAGUUCCUUCAUUGAUUUCUUGGGGGUUGGAGCUGUAUGAAAAUGAAACAAAAAGAGACAUGGAGAGAGAGAAUUUUGGAAAUGAGACAUGUAGUUGGAAAAUUUUUGCACCAAUAAAAAAAAUAAUUAAGGAUCGACGUCUUUCUUCAUUGUCAACUGAAUUAUUGAUAGCAAUUCAUGAUUUGAUGACCUCAA